CAAAGCUGUCAGGCGCUGUCACCGCAUCGCAAUCGCUGAAAUUUUUUGUACCUAGUUUUAAUUUUUAGAUACAUAUUAAAGUUUCUUUUAAAGGGGAUUUAUUAAUUGUUGAAACAAAUGGAAUGAACAAAUAUCUAAGCGUUAGGUUAAUUAAAAUACCUAUAUAGCGAAGAUGUUAUUAUCCCAGUUGCAUUGGUUUUUGGUGUUUAUAAAUGGAUUUCUUUACGUUAAUGGAUUUUAUAUACCCGGAGUGGCUCCAGUGGCGUUCAAAAAGGGCCAAAAAAUUGAAGUUAAAGCUGUUAAGAUGACUAGCACCCACACUCAACUUCCGUAUGAAUACUAUUCACUGAGAUUUUGUUUGCCGAAAAAUGGUACAAUUGUGUAUAAAUCUGAAAACCUGGGUGAAGUAUUGCGUGGGGACCGAAUAGUAAACACUCCCUAUGAAGUUCACAUGGCAGAGAACAUUAAGUGCCGACUACUCUGCCAUAAGAAAGAUGAACCUAUUAACUGGAGUGUGGAAGAAUCUGAAAAAGUAGCUAGUCGUAUUGAACACAAAUAUUAUGUGCAUUUGUUGAUAGAUAAUUUGCCAGUUGCCACCAGAUAUAUAAAUCCUGAAACCUCAGAUACAUCCAUUGAACAAGGAUACCGACUUGGAUUCAUGGCAAAGGGAAAAGCUUACAUCAAUAACCAUCUAAAAUUCUUACUGAAAUACCACAAAUAUAACCAUGAUUCUUAUCGGGUUGUUGGCUUUGAAGUUGAAGCUUUAUCAGUAGAUAAAGAUGAGAUGGUAUUCAUAGAUGACUCCUGCCUAUUGCCAUCUGAACGGCAAAUAUAUGGUGUUGAUGCCAAGCCACAACUAGUCAAUGAAGAAUCUGGAACUAGACUGUUUUUCACAUAUUCCGUGGAAUGGGGAGAGUCGGACAUCAGCUGGGCUUCUCGGUGGGACAUCUACCUGGGAAUGGGAAUGAAAGAUGUACAAAUUCAUUGGUUUUCUAUCAUCAACUCUUUAGUAGUGCUAUUCUUUUUAUCAGGUAUACUCACUAUGAUCAUGGUGAGGACACUAAGAAAGGAUAUUGCCAAAUACAACUCGGAUGACAUUUUGGAUGACAUGGUGGAGGAGACGGGUUGGAAGCUGGUGCAUGGGGAUGUGUUCCGUCCUCCGCCUCAGAGAAUGCUGUUCGCUGCUGUUAUUGGGAGUGGCAUACAAGUUUUUCUGAUGUCACUCAUAACCAUCUUUGUUGCAAUGCUUGGGAUGCUGUCACCGGCCAGCCGUGGGGCUCUGAUGACUGCUGCCAUCCUCCUAUAUGUGUUCAUGGGAUUGAUCGCGGGCUACUACUCCGCGCGACUAUACACCACCCUGAAGGGCAAGCAGUGGCGGCAGGCGGCCUUCCUCACUGCCACCAUCUAUCCAGCCGUUGUCUUUGGCACCUGCUUCUUCCUCAAUUUCUUCAUACUCGGCAAACAUUCCAGUGGGGCAGUUCCAUUCUCCACAAUGAUGGCACUUCUCUGCCUCUGGUUUUGCAUAUCACUGCCAUUAGUAUAUUUAGGAUACUACUUUGGAUGUCGCAAACAACCUUUCCAACAUCCAGUGAGAACCAACUUCAUACCUAGAAAGGUCCCGGAACAAGUGUGGUACAUGAAUAUUUAUGUUUGCAUAAUAAUGGCCGGGAUUCUCCCGUUUGGAGCAGUAUUUAUUGAAUUAUUCUUUAUAUUAAAUGCUCUUUGGGAGAACCAAUUUUACUAUCUAUUUGGAUUCCUGUUCCUCGUAUUCUGGAUACUUGUGGUGUCGGUGUCGCAAAUAUCCGUCGUGAUGGUGUACUUCCAGCUAUGUGGAGAGGAUUACCACUGGUGGUGGAAAAGCUUCAUUGUUUCUGGGGGCUCGUCCGUGUACAUAUUGAUAUAUUCAAUAUUUUAUUUCUUCACGAAGUUAGAAAUAACAGAAUUUAUACCUACUUUGUUGUACAUGGGCUACACAGGUUUGAUGGUGUUGACGUUCUGGCUCCUAACGGGAACAAUAGGAUUUUUCGCUGCAUACACAUUCAUCCGAAAAAUAUAUGCUGCUGUAAAAAUUGAUUAGAAACUAGUAUGAUACAUAACUAUAGAAAAAUAUUCCAAUGAAUUAAAAUUAUAAGUGAAUGCUUUCUAAACUACCUACUAUAAAUUUAUUUAAGUAUUUAGGUAUAGUGUUGGUCUGUACCUGUAAGUAUGUUUUUGAGCAUGAAAUAUUGUAAAUAAUAUUAAAAUGUGUGAUUGAGUUAAAAUUUUAUCCUAAAGAUGGUAAAGUGGAUAUUUAAGAAUCAUGACGAUUGAUAAUAAUUAUGUAAGAAAUGCACGUACUCUUCCUUUAUCGCGCGCAAUAGGCAUUUGUAUAGUUAUAUCCUAUUGAUUAAAAAUUGGUUUUAUAAACGUA